AUGAAUUAUUAAGACUCAAGAAGAGUGAUUAAUCCUAUCUAUUAAGAUUAACCUAAAUAAGUAAGACCUAGAUCUAUUUCAAAUACAACAAAGUUAUUAGUUUGGGAUACAUAAUAAAUAAAUUAAAAAACAGAUAUCACAACACAUUCCUCAACUACAAAUAGUGACUUAAGACAUGGUAGAUAAAGUUAAAAGAAUGCUUCUUAUGCUUUAGGUGGAGAUAACUUCUCUAAAGCUAUCAAUUAACGACCUUACUAUGAUUUUAAUGAAAUUAUGAAAAAUCAACAUGUAGCAUAGUCUACGAAAGAAAAAAUAAUAAAUCCUAUUUAACUCGUUCUUUAAGAAGAAAAUUAAAUAUAUUCAAAAGAAACAAAAUCACAAGAGAGAUAGUCUAUCAAAUAAAUAAAUUUUUUAAAGGAAGGAAAAGAAAAUUAAAUGAAAAAUGAAUAGGAAUUAAUAAAAUUAAAUUAAACAGAAAAUAUUCAUAAGAGAGCAAAAGCAAAAAAUGAUGAAAAUAAACAACAUAUUUCUGAAUUAAAAAAAAGAAUGAUGAAUUAUCCUUAAAAAUCAUAGAGUCCUUCUUUAAAAAAUCAUCCUAAGUAAUGCAAUCUAAUGGAAGAUAAAAAUAUUUCUAUAAUUUCUAUGUAAUUGAAAGAUAUAAAAGAUGAUAUAUAAACCUAAGAAAUAAAAUAAUUAUGUUAGAGUGUUGGUUAUCAUAUGGUAAAAUUUGAUAAAGAAUAUGAUAAAAUAAAUCAUAGACAAAAUGGGUUUGGAUCGAUAUAAAUUAGAGGCAUUAAUACAGAUUUAAAACUUACUACUUUUUAAAGAUCUUUAAGUAGAAAGGGAAUUAAUAUUGGAGAAUAAAAUUAAAAAUUAAAAGAUUUUGUUUCUAACAAAUAUCUUCUUAAAAGUAAAGAGCAUUCUUAGGCUGAUAAUUAAUAAUUACAAAAUUAAGAAGAAAAAUUAUUAAAUAAUUUUAGAAAAUUCUAAAGUAGACAAAAAGGAUUAUAUAUGUGA